GUUUGUUGUCAUGGUGGCAGUCUUGACAGCGGUGUUCCUCCUCCAGCAGCCUCUCCACUGACUGCCACGUCGAGCUCCGUUAGGAGCAACACUUUACUAACUUACUGUACUUUAUGCUGCCGUCUGGGACCGGAGGACAACCAGAGGAGGAGAAAGACAGGAGAAACUAUCAGAGAGGAAACUCUUCUCAACUCGGACUCUCAACUCCGUUUCUGUGAGUGAGCGGUGAGGAGACAUCAUGAGGCAGCUCAAAGGCAAACCCAAAAAAGAAACGUCGAAGGACAAGAAGGAGCGUAAGCAGGCCAUGCAGGAAGCCCGUCAGCAGGUGGCCACUAUAGUACUGCCUACACUGGCUGUAGUGGUGCUGAUCAUCGUUGUUUUCGUCUAUGUGGCCACCAGGCCUGGUGCUAUAGAGUAGACAUUAAUGGUCUACUAAGAAGACAUGAAGUCCCAAACUGACAAUGGCUAUACCCAAAGGAUUACCCCCAUCAUGUGACAACCGUCCCUCUGUAGGCCAGUGACCGGCCGACCAUGUGUCUUAAUGAAAGCCAGCCCCCAAAGUGCAUUUCUUUGCUCUCAGCAGGAUUCAAGCUGCAGAAGGAAGAAAUGAAACUGAGCGGAGAAAGAGUUUCUCCUCGGUGCCUUCAGAUGAAUGACGAUGACUUCCAUUUAAUCCUGUUCAUUUCAGAGCAGCACAUGGAUUCAUGUUGAUGUCUUACAAAAUUAUGCAAUAUCAUGCAUACCAAAGGACUCGUGCAGAGCUUGUCAACUUUGACCAGAGGUGUUAAAAAAAUGUCUAAACUUUUGACGCCGUGCUGUUUUAAAUAUUUCAAGUCAAUGCAACAUGAGCCUGGUCUCUUACAUGUACCACUCUCUGGACAGCACUCACACCUAUCUGUAUGCAUAGUAUGUAUGAGAAGUGUUUUAGUGACAAAGAAGGAUUCAGUUUGAACAUCCGAAUGCAGCUCAAGAGGAUCUUAUUGAAUGUAAUUACAGAUUGCGUUUUUUUAAGUCCCAAUUUGUUCAAACACACACCCUAAUUUUUUUAUGUGAAUGUUACCCAAUUUGUUUCCAAUAAGUUAUUGACAACUAUACCUUUGAGUCACUUGUGACAUCUGUGCAGAUGUAAUAAGGUGCCUUAACAGAUUUGCAACUGGAUUAUUUCAGUUCAAUAAAUGAUUUUUUCAAAUAA